UAGAUCCUACAUUAUAUAUAUAUAUUUUAUGAUAUAUUAUAAUAAUCGCCACAAUUGAAAAUUCUUAUUGUUUCAAUCCACUACAGUUUGGAGCAACAAUGUUUUUGUUUCUAUAACCCUUAUUUCUAUAAAUACUUGAAGAAUUGAAGUAACUAAUCUCACCAAUAUAAAUUGAAAUUAUAAUUAUAUAUAUUCAAAGACGAUAUAUAUAGAAAUAAGAUAACAACUCGAAAGACAAUUAUAAUAUGGCGAAGACUAAUAAUGCUCACGCAAUAUUGUUCUUUAACCUGUAUUUAGUCCUCUCACUCAUUUUCAUCGUGUCAAUGGCUGACGCCAAGCUUUUUGGAUCGGUGUUUGGCAGCAAGGGAAAGCCGAAGCAGUUGAGGACCCCUAAGGUGGACUGCAAUCAAGUGUAUGGGAUAGGGCAAGGUGAUACUUGCUUUGCAGUAGCCCAAUUUUUUGGCUUGUCCACUCAAACUUUUAACAGCCUCAACCCCAAUCUCAACUGUACCACUCUCUUCGUUGGCCAAUGGCUUUGUGUAAGUGGUACUGCAAAAUGAGACCACAUCCAAUGCUCAACUAUAUAUACUAUAUAAUAAUAAAUGAAAUAUGCAAUAAUUAAUCUUGAAUGCAUAUGAAUCCUAGCUAUUUUUGGUUUUUUUUUUCUUUCUUAAUUUCGUUUCUCAAUGUAGUUCUUUGUUGUAUCCAAUAUGAGGAUUUUGCUAUGUA